AUGCGCGCUCCGCAUCUCCGGAUCUCAGUACUCCUGGGGCUCGUUUUGGGUGUGAUAUUCCAAACUUCCGCCCAGGAAUAUCGAGCAGAUUGUGGUAGACGAAAAGUGAAAACGAUCUAUCUUAUCCAAAAUGGACUAGAUGCAAAGCCGGGACACUGGCCAUGGCAUGCAGCCAUCUUCUCCAAGGAAAAGGACGAACCGUUUGACUAUAAAUGCGGUGGAUCGAUUAUCGACGCAAACACCAUCCUAACAGCCGCUCAUUGUGUUUUUAAAACUGGCGUGCGCUUACCACAAAACACAAUCUCGAUCCACGUCGGCCGUACCCAUCUCAAGGAAGAUGCAGACUACACGCAGAUACAUGACGCACGGGAAGUAAUAGUACAUCCUAAGUUUAGCGCUGAAAAUAUCAACAACGACAUCGCUCUAAUCAAGCUGGUGUCCAACAUCACCAUGUCGAAGUUUGUGCAACCCGUUUGCUUGUGGACCAUGGACGACGAACAAAACUCGAUCGUGGAUAAAAAAGCGACGAUCGUUGGAUUUGACAAGGAAAAUCAGUUGAAACAAACGCUGGUUGGUGUCGUUGACGCAGCAUCGUGCGCCAUCGAUGUUCCCGAAGCAUUCGGAAGCAAGCUUACAGCGGACAUGAUUUGUGCCGGAGGACAGGAAGGUGCCAGUGCGUGCAGUGGAGAUAGUGGUGGUGGCAUGUUUUUCGAAAUCGAAGGCCGAUGGUUUGUUCGUGGUAUUGUUUCAUUUUUAUCAGGGAAUACCGAGAGAAAACUCUGUAAUACAUCUAAACAAAUCGCCUUAACUGAUAUCGCCAAUUAUGUCGCGUGGAUUAAAGAGUACGUCGAUCCUAAUGUGUUGAUCAGUUCCGAUGCGAUUGGAGUGGAUUAUGAUGAUAAGCUGAAACUAUUUGAUCUGAAUACGUGUGGUUCGGUAUCGAGCACAGUUGCUGCCGGUGGUGUACAAUGGACCUUACCCUGGCUCGGAUUUGUUGGAAUCUAUAGGCACUCGGACAACACGAUCGAUAAAAGAUGCGCGGUUACGUUACUAAAUGAAUGGUAUGCUGUUGGACCGGCCCACUGCUUCGAAAAUGACGGAUUCGAACGAAGAGUUCUUUUUGGUGGUAAUACAGAACUGACGGAACCAAGUUGUGACGUUCGAAGGAGACUCUGUGAAAGUCCAACACAGAUGCUCCAAAUCCAACGAAUCAUCAUCCAUCCAACGUACAGCAUCAAUAACACUGCCGACAAUAUAGCACUCAUCGAGUUGCUUAACCCAGCGGAUACAACGCAACCGAAUGUACACCCGAUCUGUAUACCCAUUGUGCGCAGCAACUACACGGGAGAUCUUUCAGUUGCAUCCCAUGUGUCUUCUCCAUCUGCUUUUGCGAGCAAACCAGUCAAAUACAUCGAUCUCAAGAACUGUACUGAUCAGUAUGCCCGAGAAGAGUUCGCUCUGUAUCUUGGAAUUAAGCGACUAUGCACUCAGUUCUCUGAUACGAAUGAACAGAAUUGCACUCAGCUGAAGGCUGGAUCGCCUCUGCAGGACCUACGGAAGUUGAAUGACAAAGAGCAAUAUUUCCUACGUGGAUUCAAUUUGUUUGAGCGCUCUUGUUCAACAUCGCUGCCGUCCGUGUUCAGCAACAUAAGUAACUAUUUGGACUGGCUAUUGUACAAUAUGCGAUUCAAUGUUUUGGAAGAAAAUAACGAAACGUCAAACGACGAGGAAUCUGCUGUGGAGCACAGUUGGAACAAAUUGCUGCUGAAGCCAACCGAUGGAAAGCUUUCUCUUUUGAGACUUGAUGCGUGUGGAGUUACUUCGACAAUAGUGAACAAUGUUACGAGAGUUGAUCGGACAUUCUAUCCCUGGAUGGGAUUGUUGACAACACACAAAAACACUAUGGAGGCAUUGCCGUACAUCGAAAGUGUGGUUACUUUGAUCAGUGACAGAUACGCGUUGGUUCCAGCUCACAUUGUAAGCAACUCUGUCUCAUGGCGUUUUGUUAUUCUAGGAUACUGCAAUUCGUUGCUUUUAGCAAGCUGUCAAUUUUCUAAUUGCGAUCAUUUGUACAACAAAAUAGAAAUCAAGAACAUACUCAUCCAUCCUUUGUACGCAGGAGACCCCAAGAGCCACAAUAUCGCUCUGAUAGAGUUUAUGAAACCAGCAGAUCUCCAGCAUCAAUAUAUUAACCCUAUAUGCUUACCAAUCACCAAAGAGUUGCGCAAGCGCAGACCAUCGGGCUUGACUGUGGUACCCUUCAGAAACUAUGAUAACGAAGGGAAAAAUUUAACUUCGAUCCAACCUAGCAUCUGUCAAGAGCGGUUUGCCCAGGAAGGAUUUUUGAUUCCGUUAGAAAAACUUCCAAAAUGUGCCGAAGAUACGAAUAAAAUUGAACAAAAACGUGUGCUCCUCAAAUCCGGCGCGAUGCUACAAACUACGGCACGGAUUGGCAAAAAAGAUCGGUACUUCCUCAGGGGCAUUAACAUACAUAAAGACACCGUUGGAGGAGAUUAUCAAUAUCUACCGUACUCGUUUUCAAACAUCGAUCUAUACCUUGAUUGGAUUCUAGAGAACAUGAACGAAUCAUCCCAGCAGAAUUUAUCAGCUUUAAACGACCUAAAAGAGGGACAGUCUAUUGAUUCUGGCCCAGUAAAGCUUCCGCCGGUAAAAAUAAACAUCAAGGAAGGGUUGCUCAACCUCAGCACCUGUGGAGUGUAUCCAAAAGUUCGAGAAGAUACAAAUAAGCUCUACUCACCUUGGUUGGGAUAUGUGACAGCAUUUCCCGACCCUAAAGAUCUACUGUGUAUGGUAACAUUAAUCAGCGACAGACACGCUGUGGGUCCAGUUCACACGCUUAUUGAUCGCAGGGACCUCAAACUGCAGGUUGGCAGUAUGAUCGACUCAUCCGAUGUGGUGUGUGAAGAAGGCGACCAGUCUACGCUUUGCGAUCCGGAAUUGCAGAAAAUCCCAAUACAGCGAAUGAUUGUCCAUCCGCAGUACAACCGUUCCGAUAACAGCAACGACAUUAUGCUGCUGGAGCUAUCUCGCCCAGUGAGAAAUCCUCAGAUAAACCCGGUCUGCUUGCCGGUCGACGAUCAGAUACGCAGCUACGACAUUUCGAACAUGAGAGCCCACGCCUUCAACUUGCUCACGCUGAACUUCGUAGCGAAGAAGCUGGACGAACAUACCUACUUUGCUUCUUCCGAGUGUCAAACGCGAUGGAACAAGCUGGCACUGAAUUGGGAGCUCGAAAAUGUCACACAGUGCAUACUGGCGCAAUACUCACCAAACACCGAAUGUUUGACUUCGCUUCCCGGGUUUCCAAUAUACACAGCGCAAAAAAUUAAUGGCGUUGAAAGACACUUUCUGCGCGGAUUCGCCAAGGCAUGGCCAUUUUUUUGCAGCAAAUAUUAUCCCGUCAUUUAUACUAACAUUGACACCUACCUGGACUGGAUAUUGGAGAAUGUAAACAAUAGCAGUGAUCUAGUGAUCAAGUUGUUGCCGGAAAUACAAGUGUUUAUAGCGAAAGUUCCAGAACUCAACAUGCGCGCUCAGUUCUGGAUCUCAGCGCACGUUGCACUCAUUCUGGGUGUAAUAUUCCAAACUUGCGCCCAGGAAUAUCGGGUCAUUUGUGGUAGACGAAAAGUGAAAACAAGCUAUCUUAUCCAUAAUGGACUGGAUGCAAAGCCGGGACACUGGCCAUGGCAUGCAGCCAUUUUCUAUAAGAAAAACGAUAACGAGUUUGACUAUAAAUGCGGUGGAUCGAUUAUCGACGGAGACACCAUCCUGACAGCCGCCCAUUGUGUCUUCCAGACUGGUGUGAUACGGGCAAGCAAAGUCUCAGUCCACGUCGGCCGUAUCCACAUUUCAGAAGAUACAGACUACACGCAGAUACAUAAUGCACGGGAAAUUAUAGUGCAUCCAAAAUUUAGAUCAGAUCAAAUUUACAACGACAUCGCCAUGAUCAAGCUGGCAACCAGCAUCACCAUGACGAAGUUUGUGCAACCUGUUUGCUUGUGGAAUUUGGACAUCAGUUCGAACCCAAUCGUCGGUACGAAAGCUACGAUCGUCGGGUUCGGUUUAACCGAAGCGAAUGCCGUAUCAGAGACGUUAAAGCAAACGCUGGUUGGUGUCGUUGAUGGAUUGACUUGCGUGGAGAAGGAUCGUGAAGUGUUUGGUAACCAGCUUACAACCGAGAUGAUUUGUGCCGGAGGACAGGAAGGCGCCACUGCUUGCAGAGGAGACAGUGGUGGUGGUAUGUUUUUCGAAAUCGAAGGCAAAUGGUUUAUUCGUGGUAUUGUAUCUUUCACAACACAUUUAACGAAAGAUUUCCUGUGCGAUGCAUCAACAUACACUGCCUUCACGGACGUCGCAAAAUACUUUGACUGGAUAAAGGAUUAUGUUGAUCCUCUUGUGUUGUCCGUUAGCGCAGAUGUUAUUGAAGUGGAUUAUGAUGAAAAGCUGAAACUAUUUGAUCUGAAUUCGUGUGGCAUUGUGUCAAACACGGUUGUUGCUGAUGGUGAACGAUGGACCUUACCCUGGCUCGGAUUUGUUGGAAUCUAUAGGCACUCGGACAACACGAUCGAUAAAAGAUGCGCGGUUACGUUACUGAAUGAAUGGUAUGCUGUUGGACCAGCCCAUUGCUUCGAAAAUGACGGAUUCGAACGAAGAGUUCUUUUUGGUGGUAAUACAGAACUGACGGUACCAAGUUGUGACGAUCGAAGGAGACUCUGUGAAAGUCCAACACAGAUGCUCCAAAUCCAACGAAUCAUCAUCCAUCCAACGUACAGCAUCAAUAACACUGCCGACAAUAUAGCACUCAUCGAGUUGCUUAACCCAGCGGAUACAACGCAACCGAAUGUACACCCGAUCUGUAUACCCAUUGUACCGAAGUUGCGCACCAACUACACGGGAGAUCUUUCAAUAGCAUCCCAUGUGUCUAUUCCACGUGCCUUUGCGAGCAAACCAGUCGAUUACAUCAGUGCUGAGGACUGUACUAAUAAGUACCCCCGAGAAGAGUUCCCCCAGUUCCUGGAAAGUAAGCGACUUUGUACCUUAAUCACUAAAAGAGCAGCAAGCGACUGCAUUCAGCUGAAGGCUGGAGUUCCACUCCAGCAGCUGAGAAGGUUCAACGGAAGAAGACAAUAUUUCCUACGUGGUUUCGAUUUAUUUGGUCUUUCGUGUUCAACAUCGCUGCCGUCCGUUUAUAGCAACGUAAACAACUAUCUGGACUGGAUACUGUUCAACAUGAGGCACGAUAUAUUGGAUAAAGCGGAUGAAACCAAAGGUCCAAAGGUCAAAGACUCUGAUGUAGAAAAAAGUUGGAAUACACUCUAUGAAGAUCCGGACAUACGAAAACUAUCCCUGUUCAAUCUAGAUACUUGUGGAGUUACGUCUCUGAACGUUGAUACAAUCGACGAACGCACGUUCUAUCCCUGGAUGGGAUUGUUGACAACACACAAAAACACUAUGGAGGCAGUAACGUACAUCGAAAGUGUGGUUACUUUGAUCAGUGACAGAUACGCGUUGGUUCCAGCUCACAUUGUAAGCAACUCUGUGUCAUGGCGUUUUGUUAUUCUAGGAUAUUCCAAUUCGCUGCUUCUAGUUAAUUGUGUCAAUUCCCCGUGCGAUCACUUGUUCAACAAAAUAGAAAUCAAGAACAUACUCAUCCAUCCUUUGUACGCAGGAGACCCCAAGAGCCACAACAUCGCUCUGAUAGAGUUUAUGAAACCAGCAGAUCUCACCCAUCGCUACAUCAAUCCUAUAUGCUUACCACUGACCGAAGAGUUGCGCAAUCACAAAGCGUCGGAAUUGACAUUGUUACCUUUCCGAAACUAUGAUAACGAGAUCAGAAAUUUAACGCUAAUGCCCCCCUCAACCUGUCAAGAACGGUUUGCUCAGGAGGGAUUCGUUACCACCCUGAAAACAGCUCCACUAUGCGCCGAAGAUACGAAGAAAGCUAUCACGGAUCGUGUGUACCUCAAGUCCGGUGCAAUGUUGCAAACUUCGUCACGGAUUGGCGAAAAAGAUCGAUACUUUCUCAGGGGCAUUAACAUCAUGAACGACACUCUUCAAGAAGGAUAUGAAUACAUACCGUAUUCCUUUACGGACAUUGAUCUUUACCUCGAUUGGAUUCUAGAGAACAUGCAUGCGGAAAAUUACCAGGAAAGCAUCGAUACAAACGAUCUAGAAGAGGGUCUACCUAUAGAUUCUGGUCCAGUAAAUUUUCCGGCAGUAAGAUCUCGUUCUAAGAAGAGAUUAAUCAACUUGAAUACCUGUGGGGUGUAUCCGGAUACCAAAAACACGAUGAAUAGGCUCUACUCACCUUGGUUGGGAUAUGUGACAGCUCAUCCGGAUCCUAAAGAUCUACUGUGUAUGGUAACAUUGAUAAGCGAAUGGUACGCUGUGGGUCCAGUUCACACGCUUAUUGAUCGUACGGAACUCAAACUGCAGGUUGGCAGUAUGAUCGACUCAUCCGAUGUGGUGUGUGAAGAAGGCGACCAGUCUACGCUUUGCGAUCCGGAAUUGCAGAAAAUCCCAAUACAGCGAAUGAUUGUCCAUCCGCAGUACAACCGUUCCGAUAACAGCAACGACAUUAUGCUGCUGGAGCUGUCUCGCCCAGUGAGAAAUCCUCAGAUAAACCCGGUCUGCUUGCCGGUCGACGAUCAGAUUCGCAGCUACGACAUUUCGAACAUGAGAGCCCACGCCUUCAACUUGCUCACACUGAACUUCGUGGCGAAGAAGCUGGACGAACAUACCUACUUUGCUUCUUCCGAGUGUCAAACACGAUGGAACAAGCUGGCACUGAAUUGGGAGCUCGAAAAUGUCACACAGUGCAUACUGGCGCAAUACUCACCAAACACCGAAUGUUUGACUUCGCUUCCAGGGUUUCCAAUAUACACAGCGCAAAAAAUUAAUGGCAUUGAAAGACACUUUCUGCGCGGAUUCGCCAAGGCAUGGCCAUUUUUUUGCAGCAAAUAUUAUCCCGUCAUUUAUACUAACAUUGACACCUACCUGGACUGGAUAUUGGAGACUAUGGAUGGAAGCUUAAAUUACAAAAAAAUAUCAUUCGACCUACAUAGCAGACUACAAUUUGUGUAG